AUGUGGAACUUCCGCAAGCAUCUUCGGAUGGUGGGCAGCAGAAGGAUUAAAGCACAGACAUUCGCUGAGCGUAGAUCGAAGAGUUUCAGCCGUUCCUGGAGUGACCCCACCCCUGUCAAGACUGACUCUCCCCAUGAACCCAGAGACAGCGGAGACCUGCAGGCCUCCUGUGGUACUCUGGACGAAGGAGGCCUCGAGGACAAUAUAGACUGGGAGGAGGAGAGAGAGAUGGAGAGGCUGGCCUGUGAAGGAGAUGACUUUGUACCUCCCAAAAUCAUGCUGAUCUCCUCUAAGGUCCCCAAGGCAGAGUACGUUCCCACUAUAAUCCGCAGGGAUGACCCCUCCAUCAUCCCCAUCCUCUAUGACCAUGAGCAUGCAACUUUUGAUGAUAUUUUGGAGGAAAUAGAAAAGAAGCUCACAGCUUACAGGAGAGGCAGCAAGUUCUGGAGGAUGCUCAUCUUUUGUCAGGGAGGCCCUGGUCACCUGUAUUUAUUGAAGAAUAAAGUGGCGACCUUUGCUAAGGUGGAAAAGGAGGAGGACAUGAGCCAAUUCUGGAGGAGGCUUAGUCGCUUUAUGAGUAAAGUCAACCCAGAACCCAACCUUAUCCACAUAAUGGGAUGCUAUGUCCUGGGGAACCCCAAUGGAGAGAAGCUGUUCCAGAAAUUAAAGAAUCUGAUGAGGCCUUAUUCUGUCGAGUUUGAGUCACCGCUGGAGCUCUCUGCACAGGGCAAAGAGAUGAUUGAGAUGUACUUCGACUUCCGCCUCUACCGACUUUGGAAGACACGCCAGCACUCCAAACUCUUGGACUAUGAGGAUUUUUUGUGACGAAGAAAGCAGGAUAAUGGGUGCAGCGGAGCCCUCCAGUGCCACGAGGAACCUGUUAAAACUAAUUCCAAUGACUGAACAUCGCUCUACUGCAGUGCUCAACCCCGUCAACUCAAUAUAAACAGUCAUACCUGCUUUCAUGCGGGAGAGGACUGGGAGAGGAGGAAGAGGGAGGACAGGACAUGGAGGCUGAGGACAAACAAAAGUAUGCUGUGCCUCUGCUCCUCCUCAUUUUCAGAGUAAGGAUCAAAGACUAACAAGGAGGGCAGAAGAAAUGCUUGAAAGAAAAAAUGAGGAAAAAGCAGAGACAAGUGGACUGUUCACGUCUUGGUCACCAACUCUCUUUGCCUCUCGAGUUUGAAAGCAAAAAAGAAUCAAAAAUUUAAAUGUGUAAAAAAGAAAUAUCAUUUUAGUCACAACUCUGUUGUAAGGACAUACUUUUUGAGGCUGAUGUGCUUCAGAAAAAUUGUUGAAACUUAUUCUGUCAUAAUGUGGUUCUGUGUUUUGACUGGACCUCUCAGAUAAUCUCAGACCCCGGAGACAUACAUAUACAUAAAUAACCCAUAUGUUGAUGUGUGUAUAUAUAUAUCACAUGAAUAUAUUAGCAUAGCUUAGUCAUGCAAAUAAUACUCCAUAUGAGAAUAAUGAUGCAUCACUUAUUUUUGAUGUGCAUUGUUGUGCAGUUUCAUAUGGAAAUACUUUGGAAUAACUCAGGUUUUAGCCAUGAAGUAAUUAAUCUGUUUGUCUAUUAUAUCAAGAUAUUGUAAUCUUCAUCGCCAUCACCUGGAAUGAAUGUAUUAUUUCUCUAGAAAUGUAUCUUCGGUCUGAGGAAAUGAGCUUCAUGUUUUGGUAAAAAACUAAAAAGUAUAAUCUGCUGAUUUUGUGUGUGGGUGGGGGCGUGUGGGUGUGUUUUCCAUGUUAAAAACAUGCAGAUGUGAUGUGUGUAUUUUUUUCUUUCUGCUUCUCUGUUAAAGCAAAAGUAAUUGUUUAUCACCUUCAUCCCCCAUUUUUUUCUCUCUAUCUGUCACAUACACUCAAAAGACAAAAGACAUUCUUGUAUGAUUCAUGAUGUCAAGAGGGAUGUAACAGCCAUCCAACUGCUCCUACCCCUGUACUGUAAGAGUUGCCCUAAUGGUCCCUCCUGCUCCUUUGCAGAAGGUUCAGGCCACUUAGUCGGCCCCUGUCAACAGUGCCAGCUGCUCUCACUAUCUGCCAAACACUCUUGGCUUCUUUUGAUGGCAGCCAAACGAGCUUCCGCCACCUCUCACUUCACUGGGCUGUUGUCCAGUCUGAGGACCGGAGUUCUGUGAAUUAAACAGAUCUGCCAGGAGUUUAAGCUGUUAACAGCCAUCUGCUGCCCAUGCCAGGUGUUAAAAGGCCAGAAAUAUGCACUGAGUGUUUGCCUGUGUCCAAGACUGUCGCACUACGACCUGACCUGUCUCAUAUAGAUUGAAGAUGGUUAAAUGUGGAGAGAAGCAGCGGAGCCUACUGCUGGACAGCAAUCUGAAACAAUGUAAAAGUGCUCACACACACACACACACACACACACAAAGGGCUGUGAUGAAAAGAAAUGUUAAGAAAUCUAUAAAUCAGGACAAAAUUAAAGGGGCACUUUUACAAAUGAA